UCCAAAUACAAUAUUUAACGCAAUAAUCAACCGACUAAAUAUUGCUGCAAUCCACCUGUAAUAAACUACCAAUUCUUCUUUUUUUUUGUUAAUCUCGCUUUCACGCUACCUCUUUCCUUCUCUCCUUAUAAAUACAACCACCUCAAAUCCUACUUCCUUCAAAACAAGAACAAGAACAAGAACAAAAAACCAAAACCAAAACAAGAACAAUUUUUUUUAAUCCACUAUCAAAAUCUUUUAAUAUCAAUACCCCUCAAAACAAAUUUUAGUUUGAGUUAUGGAAUCGAAAGUUCUUUCUUCUUCAUUACUGUUACUACCGGAAUUACGUAGCCAAAAACUGUUACUACCAGCUCGGAAAAUGAAGAUGAGCAACAAGAGGAAAUCGAUUUCGAAGAUAAGUGCAAUGGGGGGAGAUUCUUCUCAAGAUAAUAGGUACUAUUAUGGUGGAAGAUUAGUUGAUGAGAAUAUGAUUGUAUUAAGAAAACGCAUACAUGAAACAAAAAUGAUAGAAAGAAAUUACGAACCACCUUCGGAUUGGAUGGACUGGGAGAAGAAGUAUUAUACUAGUUAUGAUGCGAAUAUCUGUAGUGUUGUUGGAGUUUUACAAGAUAAGUUGAUGAAUAUGAGGCCUAGUGUUGCUCUCGGUACUAUUGCUAUUGUCACGUUAAGUGUUCCGGUUUCGACUGCCAUGAUCGGAUUUCAUUUGUUCCAGAUUGUUCAUACUGUCUUAUCUGCUGGUGUUCAUUAAUGUAUUCAAAUGUAAAGAGAUACUUGUAGUAGUAAUGAAGAAAUUUCUCAUUGAAAAAUUAUAUUCGUUCUUUCCUAA